AUGGUUUGUUCUGUUAUUGCCAAGAAGAAUGACAGGGUUUUCGAUUUCGUGAGGGUCAAGGAUGUUUUCGUCAGCAUCGGGCUGAAAACUGCGGUCGAUUUCGAGGGUGAGAUUUCGAGAUUAGAGGGUGAAGCUCGUAAUCAGGCCGGGACCGGAGGGUUGAUCGUUGUUUCCAACAUUAGAAACCUCGUUUCGCUUCUGACUUACUCGAAAUCAAUGGUUGAACUUGAUGUAGACAGUCGUGGGUUUCCAAAAGAGGAAACUUGUUCCACAAGCCAACAGCAGCGUUCCAGUACUUCUUUUCCCGACGAGUUUCGUUGCCCGAUUUCACUCGACCUGAUGAUCGAUCCGGUGAUCGUGGCCUCUGGCCAUACGUACGAUCGAAAUUCGAUCGCGCGAUGGAUCAAUUCGGGGCACCAUACGUGUCCCAAGAGCGGUCAGAGGCUAAUUCACAUGGCACUCAUCCCUAACUAUGCUCUCAAGAGUUUGGUCCAUCAAUGGUGCCAGGACAACAACGUUUCGCUGCUCGACGAUCACUCGUCGUCAGACAGCAGCAGCAAGACGAAGACGUCGUCUUCGUCCACUGCUGGUGCGGUGGACCACAUCUCGGUCACGAAAUCGGCAGCCGAAGCAGCGAAAAUGACGGCGGAAUUUCUGGUGGGGAAGCUGGCUAUGGGUUCGACCGAGAUCCAGAACCAGGCCGCCUACGAGCUGAGGCUGCUGGCCAAAACCGGGAUGGACAACCGAAGGGUGAUCGCGGAGGCAGGGGCGAUUCCGUUCCUGACGUCGUUACUGAGAUCCAGCGACGCGCGAAUCCAGGAGAACGCCGUCACGGCGCUGCUCAAUUUGUCGAUCUACGACAACAACAAGGUCCUGAUAACGGCGUCGGGAGGCGCCGUGGACAGCAUCAUAACGGUGUUGGAGACGGGGAAAACGAUGGAAGCCAGGGAGAAUGCCGCGGCGGCGAUAUUCAGCCUGUCGAUGAUCGACGGCUACAAGGUGAGCAUCGGCGGCAGGCCGAGGGCGAUUCCGGCGCUGCUGGGUUUGCUGAAGGAAGGGACCACGGCAGGGAAACGCGACGCGGCGAGUGCGCUGUUCAAUUUGGCGGUGUACAAUGCCAACAAGGCAGGGGUUGUCGGCGGCGGCGCCGUGCCGUUGUUGAUCGAGGCGUUGAUGGAUGAUAAGGCCGGGAUUACGGAUGAUGCGCUGGCGGUUCUGGCAUUGCUUCUGGGUUGUGGUGAAGGGUUGGAACAGAUGAGGAAGAGCAGGAUUCUGGUGCCGUUGCUUGUUGAUCUGUUGCGAUUCGGAUCGGCGAAAGGAAAGGAGAAUGCCAUUACCCUGCUACUGGGAUUGUGUAAAGAUGGUGGUGAAGAAGUGGCCAGAAGGCUGCUGAUGAACCCUAGAAGCAUUCCUUGUCUGCAGAGCUUGUCGAGCGACGGAUCGUUGAAGGCGCGGCGGAAGGCUGAUGCUUUGCUCAGGUUGUUGAAUCGAUGCUGCUCUCAUUCGCAGCAUUCUGUAAACAUGGGGAAUUGA